AUGUUUCGCAUGAUCCGAUCAACAUCUAGCGUCCUUAAGGUCUCUACUACCCGCUGUAGCGUUGAGACGAGAGGCCAAGGACAGCGCGGCAUUCGAUUCCUGCAAAGUCUCUCGCAGUUGCCCUCACGAGGCACUUUGGAGCUAAAAAACGUUGGCACCACUUCACUGAGCUUGGCUGCGAUUGCAGGCGCUGCAGUGCUGACUGUCGGUCUGGAAUCGCAGAUGGAAGGUGUAGCGCAUGCUCGAGCAGCUACGAUGCAGUCCAAGUGGCACUUGUUCGACCAGAUUGGGUCAGGAGCUUUUGGUACCGUGUGUCUCGGGAUGCACGAGGACUCGGGCGAAGUGGCGGCGGUCAAGAAGAUACUUGUAGAGACAUCGAGUGCCAGUCGCUCGAACAUGGCACUCGAGCGCGAGAUCUCGGCGCUCAAUUUAGUGAAAGCUCUUGGAGGCCACAAGAGCAUCAUCGACCUGCGGGAUGUGUACGUUCAAGGUCAGAACGCGUAUGUUGUCACGGAGCUCGCUCGAGGAGGGGAGCUCUUUGAGGCAAUUGCCACUCAUGGGUCGUUCUCAGAAGCAAAGGCCCGAGGUAUCGCCCGUGAGUUGACGAGCGCGCUGUCGUUCUUGCACCGACAUGGACUCGUGCACAAGGACGUCAAGCCUGAGAACAUUUUGUUCAGUAAACGUGCCAUUGAUGAGAAGCGAAGUGGUAGCAGUGGCAGUGCUUCCUGUCGACAGGAGAGCAGUCCAAGUCUGGUCAAGCUCGUGGAUUUUGGCAGUGCUGGGCCUGCAGGGGCGAUCUCGAGUGUUGAAGACAUUGGCACGACUGCGUACUUGUCCCCCGAGGUCCUUUCUUCGGGUCUUUGCACCAGUGCUUGCGAUAUGUGGGCGCUAGGCUGCGUGCUCUACAUUAUGCUAUGCGGGACGCACCCGUUUGACCUGGACGGCAUGUCUUCAGACCACGUUAUUGAGCAUUGCAUUGAAGUUGAGCCCAUUACGUUUGCUUUCAGUGCCUGGAACAACGUGUCACCCGAUGCGAAGGACCUUGUCACCAAGUUAUUGGCAAAGGACCCCGCGAGGCGUCUCACGGUGGAUCAGAUGCUGCAACAUCCGUGGAUCGUUGGAGCCAGUACUGAAGCUGCUGUUGCUACUGCUGCUAGUUUGCAUGUACCUUUGCCAUUGCUGGCGGGGCAGUUGAUCCCGAUGGUAGCAGCGUAA